CCUGUGUAGUGCAUGGGUUGUUGAGUACCGUGUAUUAACUGUACGAGUUUGUGAGUGUUGUAUGGGGGAAAAUGGAGCUUUUUCAAACCGAUGAUCACUACAUCGUUCAGGAUGGACAGCAUAGUCUUUGGUGCAGUAGAUCGGCCGACGGAAAACUCAUCCCUCAGCAUGGAUCUGCACUUGCGACGGCUUGGAACCCUGUCUGUCUCGGAACUAUAGAGGGAGUUAUUGGCAAGAUCAAGGUGCAUUCUGAUUCCAGUUGGCAACUUUUACUGAUCAGUGGUCAGCGUUUAGUCGGCACAUUACCAGGAGGCCAUAAUGUAUAUUGCAUUACAAAGAUUGCUAUCCUGCCCUUGUCCGACAGUGGACAUCCAGACAUCGAUAUUGAGAGAUGUGCUAAACAUCACUUUGGUAUGAAGAAGACUAAGAUGAUUAUGAAGCCUGCUUCAGCUCAACAGAAAGCCCUCACCAAGACAUGGAACAGUAUCAAGGCAGUCACACAAGUCAGGAAGAAGGAGGUGAAGGAAAGAGAAAAACAUGAGAAGCGAAUCAUGGAGGAGCUACGGAAGAUGUUCACAGAUUCAGAUUGGUUCUAUUACACCAGAACAGGGGACUUAACUAAUACCCUACAGCGACAGAAUGCAGGAGACGGGGGACAUGACUGGGAUGAAAGAUUCUUUUGGAAUCAGUACAUGCUUCAAGACAUCUGUUCAUGCAAGGACAAGGAGCUAUCCAAUUACUGGGCAGUGCCAAUAAUUCAAGGGUACGUCAACAUCCAGGAUUGUAAAAUGAUCAGCGAGGAGGAUGAGGAGAAUGGAGUCAACUCUAGCUGGACCCCGGAUGAACUCUCAGAGUUCAAGUUAAUUGUAAUCUCAAGAAGAAGCAAGCACCGAGCAGGGACACGUUAUAGACGUCGAGGUAUUGAUGAAACAGGAGCCUGUGCUAAUUAUGUCGAGACCGAGCAGAUUAUCCAGACAUCGGAACACACCGUCUCAUUUGUCCAGGUGCGAGGCUCAAUGCCAGUCUUCUUCACGCAGCCGGGUAUCAAAUAUAAACCUCCACCGAGACUUGAGAAGGGAGAGGAGGAAACUCGACCCUCAUGUGAGGCCCACUUCGAUGAGCAGACCACUCUCUAUAGACGGGUUGUAAUCCUCAAUCUAGUGGAACAAGUGGGACGAGAAGACAUUAUAGGUCAAGCCUUCAUGAAGCAGGUGUUACUGCUGGACAACCCAUUGAUCACAUAUGUCACAUUUGAUUUUCACGAUUACUGUCGGGGCUUGAAGUUUGAGAAUGUGUCGGUCCUCGUUGAUAGCAUACGUGAUGUGAUUAAAGAUAUGCGGUUCUGCUGGAUUGAUCGAGAAGGAGUGAUACUUGAACAGCGUAGUGUCUUCAGAGUAAACUGCAUGGACUGCCUUGACAGAACAAACGUCGUUCAAACAGCUUUAGCUAGAGCUGUCUUAAGUAUGCAGCUUCGUAAGCUAGGCAUUCUACUACCCGAUCAGCACCUACCACCAAGUAUACGCAUCAUAUACCAGGAGACAUGGGCCAGUAAUGGUGACAUCAUCAGCCGACAGUACGCUGGUACGGCUGCAUUAAAGGGAGAUUUUACCCGCACUGGAGAGAGGAAGUUUAGCGGAAUGAUGAAGGAUGGUUACCAUUCAGCUAACCGCUACUUACAGAAUCAGUUUAAGGACGCGUAUAAACAGGUCACAAUAGAUGUGAUGCUAGGUAACGAGGCAGUCCUUGAAGACCUCUCUGUCAUCACAGAGACUGAUGGGAAUGAGGAGGCAGCUGAAGAGGUCUGGAGUAACGUCAAGGAGGAGAAUAUCGCUCAGCUGACUCAGCAUUGUCUUAAACUACUUGUACCUAAACAUGAGGUUAAACACUACAUCGGAGGAUGGGUGCUCAUCAACUGUGAUCCAAUGGAUUCAGAUGAUUUGGAUGACGAUGAUCGAGAUGUCAUCUUACUUAUAACAGAAAAGGCUUAUUACAUUGCAAGUUAUGAUGACGAGGCUGAAAAGAUAACUCAGUAUGAGAGAGUAAAUAUAGAGGAUAUGCAGGCCAUUGGAAUCGGUUCGGCUGCAGCAUUCUUCAGUAACACCAAAGAGAAAUGUAUCCGUGUUUAUCAUACAUUCUGUGGGGAGAAUGAUUAUUUCCAUACCCUCAAAGUACUGCCUGGACGAGAUAAAAAUGAGUCUGAUAGUAUUUUACACAAUGUCAUUGAGGCAUUUGCAAGUGCCAGAUCCUCAAACAGUCUCGGUCUGAAAGUACUUGAAGAUAAAAUGGACAGGAAAACCCGGAAGGCCCCACAGGAGUUGAUUAAACUUACAUCUCAGAAGCGUCUCACAAUGUGGCUUCAGGACAAAUUUGUCCCGGAGAUGGUCAUCAAGAAGCACAGUGAGCCCCGUAACAAUCAGACACGACGUCCCGCACGCACCCAAGUCGUUAGCCGCUACCUGCAGAACGUUGGCAACAAGAUGACUAAUCUUAAUCUCAUUCAGAAGGCACGGAACAAGAAGAAUAAUGCCAGCAACGUCCCUAGUACCCUGGUCUACCAGAAGAGCAUGGGCAAUAGUGACGAGGAGGAGGAGACGAGUAGCGUACGGAUCAGCUUCGAUAAGGAUGUCGAGAAUGAAGACACUGACGAUAUGUUUGAUGACAGCUCUUUCUCAUCUUCGACUGAUACCUCCUAUGAUGCUCUCAGCAUCGGCGACUGCUUAGAGAUAUUGAGUGGCAAUUUACCCAACUACCCACAAGAGAGUCCUGACGACCCUAUCAUGCUUAAUGAUGGAGAUAUUGUACUGCCCACAUGCGGGGAGCUGGCCACGGAUCCCAAAAGGAAUCAACGUAGCUUCUCUAGACGGCACAUUACACCUCGCCGUAAACACUCCAAGAGUCAUGGAGCUUAUGAUGAUCGCAUCGCUGCUCCUGGUGUGCAGUCUAAGGAGAAGAAGAAAGUGACGGACGGAGAUGAUAUCUUGCCACUACUUAAUGAUGAACAGCUCAAUAAUCAAUGUAUAUUAAAUGACACGGUCGCAAAUCAUGGAGAUACUUUAUCACAACCGAAAGAUCCCGAGCUUGACACUGACUCUUUGAGUGGUGUUGAAGAACUUGAACUUGAGACCCAUGAUGAUUCUGGUGACCAUCUCAAACUGGAUAAUCAGACACUGCCAGAGGGUCUUGAUACAAAUCCAACAGAUACUGAGCCCAAUGGUGUACCAGUCAACUUUCAAAAUCCAGCUGAAGAUCUUAAUGACAAUGAAACAAAAAAGUCUGAGGAUACCAAUCCAGAGACAAGAUCUGAUCCUAACAAACCUGAGUUCCAUAUCUCAGAUCUCACUAACGAUGAUGAUGUUAUGGUUACGGUAAACCCAAUCCCUGAGACCAUCCCAGUGGGCAAAAAGGAGCUUAAGACAGGACCCAGGUCUCUAAUCCUCAAAUCCCCUCAGAAAUCUCACAGUGAGAACUCUCUUGCCGAUCUAAUCGCUGGCAAGGCGGUCGAGGAAGAAAAAAAAGAGGAAGGUGACAGCACAACCCUAGCCAAGGACGAGGAACAGAUCAACCGCAAGUUCAGAAACCCAUUCAGAAAUUUCAACUUCUCAAGAGGGAACAACAUGAGGGCGAGCCAACGUAAAGCCAAGAUGAUGCUCGAGAUGCAGUUGCGAUCUCAGAAAUGCCAAAGCAGGUUUAUCCAAUUGUAAAAACUUCACUUAGCUAGGAGUACUUAUCUUUCUAAACUGGAUCAAACCAGUUUAAGCCAGUGUUGUUGUGUGUAUUUUUUCAGCACACAAGCGGUCAGAAGAUCCAACUGGACUGGACCAGUUCAGUCCGGUUGGGCAAACUAGAUGAAACCGGUUACAGUCAGCUGUUAUAAGGUAUACUAAAGCGGUCACAAGAUCCUACCGGACUGAACUAGUCCAGUCCGGUUGGGCACUACCGGGUAUUUGGAAUAUUUACACAGCUUUUGUAGCAAACUAGAUGAAACCGGUUACUACAGUCAGCUGAUUAUAAGGUAUACUAACUGAUCAAGUUUAGUUCAUUAGAGACAGGCUAGUUCUUAAGUCUCCACUCAGUGAAUUAUGUAAUAUUCUGUGUAGAGUUUUAUAUUUAUAACAAAUUAAUUUAUUUUUAUGGCAGUGAUGCCUUUUGAAAAAUAGCUGUCUUCGAUUUUUGUGAAUCCCUUUACUUCAUUCUACAGAGACAAAUACUAACGUAUUUUAGCAUCUUAGAGAAAUUGUGUCUUAAACAAAAUCAAUUCUUAAUCUUUUUAUCCGCCAAGCAGAUAAAUACUUUUCACACUAGAAAGGGACUUUUUUUAAAACAAAUCUUUGUGAAUUAUUAACAUUUCACAUCUGCAUGUUGAUUGGGAGUGUUUGGAAUCCCUAGUCUGAGACCAAAACUAAAUCUUGUUUUAGAUUACAGUGCAAUAUCUUUAUUAAGGAUGGUAUUUUGGAGUGAAGUCACCACAUUUAAAACAAUACAACAUUUAAGUAUGAACUUUCAGAGUCUGUAUUCGAAAUCUCACAAAGUGCAAAGUUUGUAUUACUGCCUAGCAUAUCCACGUACCUCAUCAAAUGAUGGUAGUUUUGCCAUUCACUUCGUGUAGUUUUAAAUAAAUAUGUAUUCAGCAUGAUCUGAUUUGAGCAGGGAGUGAGUGUUGAGGUGGCUCGGAUGUGAAUUGUGGGCCGUUAUCGAAACCACAGCUUGGGUUUGAGCUUGUGCUUGAAGUUGGGUUUAGGCUCCAGUAGUUAUUUAGAAAGUGUCCAUUUCAUCACAGGGCAUCAAACAGGCCAACAGAGCCCAACCCAAAGCUAAAACGAGUUCUAGACCAUGAGCGAGCGUUGCUAACUCUGGCAAUUUUUUUUAUGGUCACAUUCUGCUUACAGAGGGUAAGUGCAAAAGUUGUGUGCUAGUUUCAUCGAUCAGUUCAAUCUCAGAAUGGCAGCAGUCCCAACACAUGGGGGAAACAUGUUGACAUUUUUGCAUGUGCAUUUAAUAUGGUACUGCCCAUCGUUCUCCCUUCUGGCCAAAUGCUUCCUAAACACCUUAGGAACUGUCAAAUUGAAUUUUCUCCAAGUGGUCCAGCUGGCUAAUUCACUGCUGAAAAGCAUGAUCAUUAUUUAAAGGCAGUAAACACUAUUGGUAAUUGUCAAAGACUAGCCUUCACAGUUGGUGUAUCUCAA